CCGCCUAUGAGUAAUCUGUCACUGCUGUGUUGCUGUCAAAUAAUGUCGAAAAGUGGGUUGUGUUGUUCAUGUUCUUACUAUUUGAUCUCUGCUAUUUGUAAAGUGUGAUUCCUUAUCGUCACAAAAUUCCACGAACAAUUGUUGUAAAUUGGACAAUACUUGCCACACAAAAGUGCUAACGUUGGGGAUUAAAAAAAGUGACAGCAGAAACAACGAAAUCGAACAAGAAAAUAAUGGCGUAGAUUUUUGUGUUGUUCAUAUCAGCAUUAAAUGAGUCACGUUCUUGGCACGAACAAGUAGAUUUUCCAUUUGCCUUUGAUUAACAACGCAACAAACCAUGUUGUUCAAAGACAUCAAUAAGUGCCAAAUGCGCAACCCAAACUAUGUCUACGAUGAAGCUUGUUUGGACAUCCUCAACGGCAUCAACGACACAGUUAAAGUUGUGGGGCAAUAUUCAGAGUGUCAUCAAUGUGAUUUUCAAGAUUUGACCACGGUAGGACCCCUUCAGAAUACUUCAAUACUUGUAAAUACUCGAUAUCCCUUGCAACUGUACUAUGUCAUAGAGAGUACAAAGCAAUGCAGCGUUAGUAAAUUAAUGUAUGAACAUUAUCGGUAUGGUUGGAACCUUACACAACAUAAAUGUCCACCCAUUUAUAUCAAAGAACCUGCAGACAGUGCAUAUCUACCAAUACUUACCGCUUUUAUCGUACUUUUUUGCUUUGGAACACUGUGGUAUAUGGUUAAAUGUAUCUAUAAAAAUUCCGGACGUUUGAGAAGCUUAAUUACAUGGAACACAGACAUAGAGAAUGAUUUAGGCGGUUCAUCAGCGGGGACUCCCCUAGUUAUUGAAAGAACUCCAUCCAUUCGGAAACAUCCGCAUCGCAUCAAGUCCAUAGAUGUAUUUAGAGGGUUUUGCAUAAUUGUGAUGAUUUUUGUAAAUUAUGGAGGCGGGAGAUACUGGUUUUUCUCACACUCUGUAUGGAAUGGUAUAACGGUUGCUGAUUUAGUAUUUCCGUGGUUCAUGUGGUUGAUGGGUCUCUCAUUUACUAUUUCCUUACAAUCUAAACUACGACGGGCUGUUCCUCGUCGACAGUUAGUCAUAAGUGUGAUGAGACGAUCUUUCGUUUUAAUCUUGUUGGGUAUUAUCAUCAACUCCAACCAAAAUUUACAAACCAUAGGGUCUCUCAGAUUCCCAGGAGUGUUACAAAGAUUCGGCAUUACGUAUUUUGUGGUUGGAAUAUUAGAAAUAGUUUUCACUAAGAGAGGAGAAGUUGAGAAUGUUUCUUUAAUCCAUGAUGUGGUUGUAGCAUGGCCUCAGUGGCUUUUUGUGAUUUCGCUAGUUAUAAUACACACUUGCGUAACGUUCCUGGCGGACGUUCCAGGGUGUGGGAGAGGUUAUUUGGGGCCUGGAGGCUUAGAUGAAGGGGGUAAACAUUACAACUGCACUGGAGGUGUUGCUGGAUACAUUGAUAGACAAAUUUUUGGGGAACACAUGUAUAAAAAUUCCGCUUGCAAGAAGUUAUAUGAAACCAAUGUUUAUUUUGAUCCUGAAGGUAUUCUCGGAACUUUAACAGCAAUAUUGACGGUUUAUUUUGGAGUGCAAGCAGGUCGCACCCUCAAUACCUACCAAGAUGUUAAAGCAAAAACGGUUCGUUGGGUAGCUUGGGGUUUAAUUACAACCCUAAUUGGAGGGGCGCUUUGCGAAUUCAAACAAAACGACGGACUGAUCCCCCUUAAUAAGCAAUUGUGGUCUCUAUCCUUUGCCUUAGUUUUGUCUGGAAUGGCUUUUGUCGUUCAAGCCUUUCUCUUCGUGCUUGUUGACAUUUUGAGGAAGUGGGGUGGUAGACCGUUUUUCUAUCCAGGAAUGAAUUCUUUGGUCCUGUAUGUGGGGCACGAGUUAUUCAAAGACACGUUUCCCUUUGCGUGGACCCCCACAAGUGAAACCCAUGGGGCGUAUUUGUUCAUGAACCUCUGGGGUACAGCUGUGUGGGUCGCUAUUGCUAUAUUCCUGUACAAGCGUAACGUAUUUUUUGCACUUUAAUUAUUGCUGCGUGAGUGCGUUGAAUAAUUUUUUAUUUUAUAAUUUUGUUCAAAAUAUGACUGAUAACACUUUUCCUGAUUAGUUGAUAAAUUGUUUUAUUUUAGAGUUGCGAUUCCCUGUUUUUAUUAUGUAACUCGGAGAUGAGGAGAAUAAAUUUGUUUAAUAUGUUAAAA